UAUACUCGGCGGUAGCACUGCCGUCGCAAACAGAGCGCAGGCUCGAGGAACAGACGGAGCAGACGCCAUGGAUCCGCCGCACCCUCCACACCACCACCACCACCACCACCGGCUCCACCUCCGCCUCGACCCCGGCCACCACCACCGCAUCCACAUCCACCUCCGCCACCACGCCGCCCACCUCCUGCCCGCCGCCGCUCCCUGUGCCCACCACCACCACCACACAUCGGUUCCUCUUCCUCCUCCCCACACGCUUCCCCACCCGCCGACCGCGGCGGAAGGACCACUCCCCGGGCCGCAGGGAGAGGCGGCGGGGGACGCGGAUGAGCCGGCGCCGCAGGCGGAGCGAGGAGAGGAAGUUUACCUCGGGCAGGAAGAAGAGUGGGGGGAGGAGGAGGAGGAGCCGGUGUUCGUUCUGACGGAGGAGUGGGCCGAGUUCUUCGCCAAGGCCGACGCCAAGAGGAGGCUGGCCAAGCAGCAGAGGAAGAACCGGAAGAAAUAGGAGCGCCGCGGCUCAAGCGACGACGGAGAUGCAGACCGGACAGGGGCCCGGCUUACCAGAACUUUUGAUGCUUCGGAUUUUGUUUUACGAGGGAAGGCAUUUUGCGAGAGGAGAUGACUUCUGGUUCUUGAUCAGCUCAGCGGGCAGUAUUCACAGCAUACCUGAUGCUCUGCGUUGAGAACUUUUGUUUCGAGACGGAGCUUGGUUUUUGCCUUUUAAGAGGGCACCAGAACGGAAUUUUAUAUCCGGUUCAAUCAUAAAGGAAAACAGUAUUUCUGUCGGUUUGUUUUUU